CGUAAUUAAGAAAUUUGGAUUUGAGGGAAUUAAUAUAAUAUACAAAUUAAUUUAUCGAUCAGAAAUUGCAUCGAUGCGAUCGCGCGUCGUUAGGAAAAUUAAAUAUCAGUCAGCACUUAAGCAAGAAUGUAAAAUAAAAAAACCUACUCAGAUAUUAGAUAUUUAUAGAUUGUUUUUGGCCAGCAAAAACAUUUAAAGAAGCAAUGAUCAACAGUGAUACAUUAGUAUUCCCUCGGUGUUGAAAAUAUAAGAGGGAUCGUUUGCGGAGCCGAUGGUCAUUCAGUUUUUAGUCGCGGCUCAACCACCUUGUCGACAACAUGUACUGUCAUCCUCCAAGUGAUCACUGAAACUCGAGGAAAUGUCAAAUUAAAAAAUUUUCAUUCAAAGUGAACCGCACAGUGACAUUAACAGAGAAUUAUCAACCGAUCUGCGGUCGUAUCGAAGUGACAAAUCUGUGGAAUUUGAAUUUUAAGAGAAUCAUCCUAUUACCUGUCACAGUUAUCAUCGAUAACAUUAGGUACACGCAUUCGUACCCGUUUCAAAAAUGGCUUGUCCCUUAUCGGGCGGUAUUGCAGAAGAUCACGAACAAGAUAAUGAUCAGUUGACUGAAGGGCCGGGCAUGCUUUAUGGCGAAUACUUGCGACUAGAUAAAAUUUUGACUGCUCAACGAUUGCUAAGUGCCGAGUACAACAAGGAAGUACACGAUGAGCAUCUUUUUAUCGUCACUCAUCAGGCGUACGAACUUUGGUUCAAGCAGAUUAUCUACGAAUUGGACUCGGUCAGAGCACUCUUUAACUCAGAAUCAAACGGCUACGACUUCUUGAAUGGUACCUCCAACAAUCGCCCGGCUAUUCAGAAGAUCCGGGUUCCGCAGAUUCUGAACGAGUCGAGGACCCUGGAAAUCUUGAAGAGAUUAAACCGCAUCGUCCUCAUUCUAAAACUUCUGGUGGAUCAAGUGACAAUUUUAGAAACUAUGACACCGCUGGAUUUCAUGGCGUUUAGAGACUAUCUGUGUCCAGCUUCGGGCUUUCAAUCGCUGCAAUUUCGCUUAUUGGAGAAUAAACUGGGCGUGAAACAAGAACACAGAGUCAAGUACAAUCAGAGUUACACCAGAGUGUUUGGAAGGGAUCCCAAAGCCAUUGAGGCGAUUAAACGUUCGGAGGAGGAACCUAGUCUCAGCUGUCUCGUUCAAAGAUGGCUCGCAAGGACACCCGGCCUUGAAACUCACGACUUCGACUUUUGGGGAAAAUACAAACGAUCCGUCGAGAAGUUGCUAGCCGAACAAGAACAAUUCGCUCGAAAGCACACAAAGGAACAGGUCAGAAAUUAUCAUUUAGCGAACCUGCAUUCCCGACAAGCGGUAUUCGAGUCAAUUUUCAACGAAUCUCUUCACAAUGCACUCGUAUCGCGAGGGGAAAGGAAGUUCGCUUACGCGGCUCUUCAAGGAGCAGUAAUGAUCACGUUGUAUCGCGAUGAGCCAAGGUUUAGUCAGCCCCAUCAAAUUUUGACCGCCUUAAUGGACAUCGAUUCUCUUAUUACCAAAUGGAGGUAUAAUCACGUUUUGAUGGUUCAAAGGAUGAUUGGAUCGCAGCAACUUGGAACAGGUGGAUCUUCGGGAUAUCAGUACUUGAAAUCUACUCUCAGUGACAGAUACAAAGUGUUUUUGGACUUGUUCAACCUCUCCACAUUUUUGAUACCUCGUCACAUGAUUCCACCAUUGACUAAACAAAUGAAGACAAAAUUGUCCAUUGCGUGCAAUGGGUGGAAUCCGGACGAUAAUCAGAAUAAUUCUGAACGCACAUUAGAUGAUACGUAAACGGAUAUACAAAUCC